AUGGGUACAACGGGCCAAUCGAUAACCCUCGCAAACAGUAUUAUAGGUGUCGGAAUCCUAGCAAUGCCAUUUUGCUUUCAACAAUGUGGAGUUUUGUUAGCCGCACUAAUAUUAUUAUCAAUGGGUUUAGUGUCAAGACUUUGCUGUUAUUUUCUUUUAAAAUCUGCGAUCAUAACUAGAAGAAGAAGCUAUGAAUUUAUUGCAUUCCAUAUAUUUGGACCAGGAGGAAAGAUGGCUGUUGAGUUAGGUAUAAUAGGCUUUCUAAUGGGAACUUGCAUUGCCUAUUUCGUUGUGGUCGGAGAUUUGGGUCCUCAGAUUAUUGCAAAGCUGUUUAACAUAAACCAGAGUGAUAUUUUAAGGACUUCAAUUAUGGUAAUAGUAUCUUUGGUGUGUGUAUUACCAUUGGGACUCUUGAGGAAUGUGGAUAGUCUUAGUAAUGUCAGUGCGGCUACCAUUGCCUUUUAUUUUUGUCUAGUUAUAAAGGUAAUAGCAGAAGCUACUAGUCAGUUAUUCACAUCAGAUUGGAUGUCUCGCAUCGAGCUAUGGAAACCAUCCGGUGUCUUACAAUGUGUUCCUAUAUUCUCAAUGGCAUUGUUUUGUCAAACGUGAGUAAAAACUAAAUAUUAACUAAAUUAUUUAAAUAAUAAUUACAUUAUAAUUUACAAAUUCCGGUUUUCGUAUUUUCAUACUACAUAGAAUUUCUAGGUACAUAUAUUUAGUUUGUAUAAAUAAAAGUAAUAACUGUAUCAACUAGAUCAUACAAAGAAGUUCUUAUUAAUUUGCUUCCUUGUUAUAAACAUUUAUAACUAAGGCUGUAUGAUAUAAAAUGUUUUCGGACAUUUCCAAUUUGCUAAAGAAUACAUUAUUUGUAACUUGAGUCUGAAAUAAAACCAAUGAUUAUUAUAU